UUACAAUAUGGCGGCGCACUGACAAGUGCUCUCGAAACUUGCGAACAUGCGAGUUUGCUGAAACUGACAUUAUACGCAGAAGUUAUGCUUGGCCAAAUAGUUCCUGUUACGUGUGCAUGACUGAAUCAAAUCAAUAAGAUAACUUGUUGGUGAUGGCUGACCCUGAAAGUGUAUCUGUCUCGACGGACAGUUCCAUCAGUCAAACAUCUAAAGACACAGGGGAGACAAGUCAGACGGGUUCAGAUGGCACCAAUGUCCCGCUGUCUGUUGUAGCACUGAACCAACAAGCUGGAUACUUUAGAGCUCAGCAGAAAACCCUUCCAGAGUUGCCGUCUCAGCGGUUUAAGCACAGUGUGUGGCAUGACUUGCGAGAGCGCAGUGUCAAGGGGGAUGAGCUGAAGGCUCCUCGUGUCAGGAAAGGUCCUGAGGAGAAGGAACGGACAUUCUACGAGCUGCGUGAUGAGGAGGACAACUUGAUCCACCACUCACUCACUGGUCGAGAGAGGACCAGAUACAGGGACCAGGCAGAGAACUGGGAAACAGCUAAGUUUGCCAGCAUCACCUACCAGGAGUUGCAGGACAAAUACCAGAAGAAGAACAUGGAGCGCAUUCUGGGAAGAUUGAAGCAGGUCGUACACCUCAACCUGAUGCAUAACGCCAUCACCAAUCUCAGUCACCACUCCUUCCCACUGUGCGAAUACUUGAACGUCAACAACAACUACAUAUAUUCCUUGAAGAAUCUGCCGUCCAUACCACGGAUCAAGCACCUGUUGGCUGUAGACAACAACAUUGAGGACUUGGAAGGACUGAAGAAACUCCGCUCCACCAACCUGGAGGAGCUCUACCUCUCAGGCAACCCAGUGACCUUUAUAUCCGGCUACCGACAUAGAGUGUUUAAGAUCCUGCCCCGAUUGCGGGUCCUUGACGGUAUUCCCCGCCUCAAGUCCGACGACGACUCCGAGCCAGAGGAGGAGAAGGAGAGCCCUCGAACCUGUGUAGUGUCGUAGACAGGGUGUUGCGUGCAGAGCAGCAUAUUGUUGGAUUGCGGAGUGUCUGAGCGUGGAUAUGAGAGUGUUGGUGUACACUGAGAGAGACUUGGGAUGUUAGGGGUGGCUGACUUGAGGGAUUUACAGGAAUGUGUGGGGAGGGUGUAGUAUUGUUGGAUGGGGUUACGCUCAUGAUAAUGGCAUUGGUAAUGGACAUAUGGGGAAGUUGUUUUAAGGGCUACUUUUUUUUAAUUUAAGAUUAAUUGCUUAGUUAGUAGUCUUGAGGGCUGAGCACGAACAUUUGUUGUUGAACUGAGUUUAAUGCUGCCCAUGGGCGUUAUGAUAUGGGAUUGGUCUUGACUGACAUUCUUAGGGGAUUUUACAUUACAGCUGCUCUGCUCUGAUUAAUUGUUGUUGGGGUUUGGGUUGUAGUUCCUUUGGGUUAUGCGUGACAGGGAAAAUAUUAUCAGAACAAAUCAGGUGUAGUGACUUUCGUUGGGUGGUAGGGGAAGGGAGAUUUGAUGACAGAUGUGUUUAGGGGCAUUUAGACUUGAGUUGAUGGUGACUUGUACAUAUAUGAUGGUACAGGGAGCUGUCAUGUGGUACAUAUUUUAAUGUGUUUAAAUUUAAUAUUUGAGGUUCUUUAAAAUUUUGUUACAUAUAAUUUCUUAAAAAGCAGCAGGAUGGAAUUGCUGUAAUGAAUUCAAAUCAAUUGGACUAAAAAAAUCAUCCCCCCCCCAAAAAAAAAAUGGAAACAGGUUUAAAAUGUAAUAAUGAUACUUUUUUCAUGUUACUGCAGUCAGUCUGUCCGGGCUUGACAGAUUAAUCCCAUUAUUGUGAGAAAAUUAUGUGAUCCUUGACUUCUUUGAGUAGUAUAUGUUCAAAAUAUUAUUGCUCACAUGCAGUUAAUGCAAAUCUAUGUCAUUGAUCUGUUGGUGGGAUAGAAUUGUCUGGUCUUUGAGAAAACUCCACUUGGCAGUGAAGUUGCUGUGAAGUUUUGCACUUUACCCAAUGCCUGUCGAUGGGGAUGAUAUUGACUGGUCUUCUAGCAUGCUUGGCAGUGAAGUCGCUGUGAAGUUUUGCACUUCACCCAUGGCCUGUCUGUUUGGGAUGAUGAUUGGUCUUCUAUCAUGCUUGGCUGUGCUGUGAAGUCGUUGAGAAGUUCUUCACUUUACCCAUGGCCUGUCGAUGGGGAUGAUAUUGACUGGUCUUCUAGCAUGCUUGGCAGUGAAGUCGCUGUGAAGUUUUGCACUUCACCCAUGGCCUGUCUGUUUGGGAUGAUGAUUGGUCUUCUAGCAUGCUUGGCUGUGCUGUGAAGUCGCUGAGGAGUUCUUCACUUUACCCAUGGCCUGUCGAUGGGGAUGAUAAUGACUGGUCUUCUAGCAUGCUUGGCUGUAGUGUGAAGUUGCUGAGAAGUUCUGCACUUUACCCAUGGCCUGUUCUGAUUGUGAUAUAUUUAUUGUUACUCAAUGUCUGCUGUUUGCACAAGCCUUGAUGGCCUCUGCUCCAUGUUUGUUUAUGUUGUCUUGAUUAUGUGGCAAGACUGUGAUGUUAUCAAACACUGUGAUAAACAAUAAGUGAAGAGAGGGAGGUAACAGAAAUCAUUUUGGAUGAGCUUUGCUGUUGCACUGCAUUAAUUGUACAACCUUGACCUUGUAUUGUCUUCAGGAUAUAAUCUGGGGAAUGUGCUGUAUCAGCAUUUUGUUCCAAGCAAAGAAACUGUGACAACACAUUUACAGACAAACCAACUAUUCUAAAAGGCAUAUGGAAGUAUGAUCAUCCUUAUCUUUCGCCCCGAAGAUCCAGGUUCGAUUCCCCACAUGGGCACAAUGUGUGAAGCCCAUUUCUGGUGUCCCCCUGCCGUGAUAUUGCUGGAAUUUUGCUAAAAGUGGCAUAAAACUAAACUCACUUACUCACCUUAUCUUUCAAUUCCUCAUUGAUGAUGUGAAACAAAGAGUGAUUCAUUGUUAGACAGCUGCGGUAUAUCAUAUUUGUGCAAUAAUCUGUGCGAAAGAGCCACAUACUCACUUAUUCAUGAUCAGAAAGUUAUUGUCUGACUCCAUCUGAAAUGUCCCAGGUCCCUGUGAAAUGAUAAUGUUCAGGGCUCCAGAUAAGGGCCAUAUCGGUGUAUAUAAGGAUAAAAAAUAUGCACGAUAUGAUAGGAAAUAAUUUAGAAAACGUGGCAGAUAC